AUGAGAAUCAAAGCGACUGCUGUGCUUCUAGUACUUGGGUAUCUAGAUGCUGUUAGAUCUUUCCCUUUUGGACAUCACCAUGGGGGAGAUGUCAUGGAAUAUGGAGAGUCAGGGCUUCCUAAAAGGGGCCUUCUCUACAACUACGGAUCGCACGGGUAUAUUUCAAUGGCAAAAAAGAAGCUUGGAUUUUCACUUGGAGGCACCCUUGCCAUUGAGGAAGAAGAUGACCUAGCACAGAAUGUAGUUUUGUUCCAGCCCGUAAAAGGCGUAAAUUUGUACAUUCUUAGAAUCAUUCCUCCAGAUUCAAAGGUAGCUGGAGAUGAUGUCAUUGCCAUAGCACCCUCGGGGCUUGCCAUGAAAAUUCCAAUUGACGAACAAAACCCUUUCCAGAAUUUCCAAAUAGCUAUGACUAAGCGUUAUCCAGGGGCUUUUCAAAUAGUUUUUGGUGGAGUGAUGUGUCUGACUCCGGAGAGAGAUCAAUUUUUGAUCCCUAUGCCCUGCUUUGCCGAAGACAGCCGAGUCUUCAACAAACAGGUUUUCCAAGUCUAUCCCAAAAAUGCCAAAGACACUAAACCCAUUAUUGUUAAGAAAGGAAUUGAGCCAUACUACUUCAAAGGAUGCGCUCCCUGCUCUAAAAGCAUUCCAGACCAAACCAACGGAAAAUACAUCCUUGUCAACAGUAAAUUCUGCGAUGAAAACUGUAGAAACUCCGAUGACGAUGAAGACUCGGAUUACCAUUCAGGUGAUGAUCAAGAUAGCGAUGAAGACGCCCAUCAUAAGCCAAGAGAAGAUGACCCACACGAUGGACACCCCCAAAGCAAUCCUGUGCGCCCCAGUGCUCCACCGCUUUCUGCCCCUAAUACGCAGCCAGGGUACAACCCGUAUGCACCAUCUGCACCUCCUGUAACUAAUACACAACCAGGAUACAAUGCGUAUGCACUUCCUCCACCAUCUGCACCUCCUGUAACUAAUACGCAGCAAGGAUAUGGCUCACCUGCACCUCCUACGCCAUCUGCACCUCCUGUAACCAAUACGCAGCAAGGAUAUAAUCCGUAUGGUCUACCUGCAGCACAGGAACCACCUGCAUCUCCUGUCCCCAGUACACAGCCAGGAUACACAUCUACCCCUAGUCCUACGCCAUCAGAGCAACCUACAGAUACUUCUUCACCCAAUCCUACGCCACCAGAGCAACAAGCGAAUACUCCUCCGCCCUCUCCUAGACCUACGCCCAAUGGAAAACCAGUUGUUACUUCUACAACCACUACUUAUACUUCUUCCUCUUCUUCUCCCCCCACCCGCAGUGUUGUUCGAACAACCUCAUAA